AUGUCCUUCCCCUACAAGAAAGUCCUCGUUAUCGGCGCCACCUCUGGCAUCGGCAAGGCUAUUGCCGAGAGACUUGUUAAGAAUGACAUUUCGAUUGUGAUUACCGGACGCCGGAAGGAGAAUCUGGAUGACUUUGUGGCCAUGCAUGGCAGUGACAAGGUCCAGACGGAGGUCUUUGAUGUGUUGAAGUUGGACGAUAUCCCCCAAUUCGCCUCAGAAAUCCUCUCCUCAAACCCCGAUCUCGACUGCAUCUUCGUCAACGCUGGUAUCCAACGCGCCUUCAACUUCGCCGACCCCGCCUCCGUCGACGUCGACAUUUUCGACACCGAGCUCCUCACCAACUAUACCGCCGCAGUCCGUCUAACAAAAGCCUUCCUCCCGCAUCUCCAGAAACAACCAAUCAAGACAGCGCUUAUCUACACAACCUCGCAGAUAGCGCUGGUCCCCAUGAUGCGCGCGCCCGGGUACGGUGCGUCGAAGGCCGCGCUGCACCAUUUCAUUCUUGCCCUGCGCACGCAGUUGAAGGAUGGCCCCGGAGAUAUCAAGGUGGUUGAGGUGUAUCCGCCUGCUGUGCAGACGGAGUUGCAUGAUACUAAGCAUCAGCCGGAUUUGAAGAAUGGGCAUUUGAUUGGGAUGCCGUUGGAGGAGUUUGCGGAUGAGACGUGGGGUAGUCUGGUGAAAGGAGAGGAGCAAAUUGCGGUUGGUUCGGCGAGGGAGAUUUUUGAUGCGUUUGAGCCGAAGAGACAGUUCGUUUAUGGGAAUUUGACGGCGGGGUUGACGGAGUUGCUUAAGCAGUUUUUGCGGUGA